AUGAGUCAACAACAAUCCGAGAAGGACAAACGAAAGGAAAAAAUAAAAGCAAUCGUUCUCUCAUUGAACGAACUCUUUCCCAGUAUUAGCCUCCAAACACUCCAUCAAGUGGUUUUGGAUUGUAAUUUAGAUGAGGCUCUUGCCAUAGAGACUGUCAUUCAGAUGUGUGAGGAGAAUGGUGAUUUAUUGGAAGCUUCAAUUGAUGAUGAAGAGAAGGAAGAAGAGCACGAGACGCCGGAAUGUGGUUGUGAUCAUCAUGAUCAUGAAGAGGAAAAUUAUGAAGAGGAGGAGGAAAUUGAAUACAAUGAAGAUGAUAUAGUAGGAGAAGAACAUUACUUUGAUGAUGAUAUUGGUGAACAAGUGGACGAAUCUGCCUUUGUAGAAGUUGUCAAGACGAGGGAAUUUAAAACAAAAGGAGAAUUGUACAAGGUACUUGAUACAAAGGAAUUAUUGCAAGAUCAAGAGGCAGAAGUAAAGACAGCAGCUGAAACUCUUCAAUUGAAGAGUAAAGUAUUUGUGGAAUGUAUGUUGAAGGAAUAUCAGUGGAAUACAGAGAAAUUAAUUAGAGAUUAUGGUGAUUUGGGAUUGGAUGCUUUAUUAACCAAGUGUGGACUCAAUCCAGAUUUCAAAAAAUCAUGUUCAUCUUCAACAAUUGGCACAUGUGAUGCUUGUUAUUCAGAUGAUGUUCCAUUGUACGCAUAUGAUAUGUGUGGACAUGUUUUCUGUAGAACUUGUUGGAAGGAAUAUAUUGUCAAUCAUGUCAAAACAGCAAUGAAUGAUAAUACUGUAAAGUGUAUGGACUAUUCAUGUAAGACUACACUUACUGAGACAUUUAUGUUGUCACAAUUGGAUCCAAAGGAAGAUAAGGAAUUAUUUGAAAAGUUUUUCCAGAGAAAGAUUGAUUCAUAUGUGGGUUCAAGUUACAGACUAAAGUGGUGUCCUAAUCCAGGCUGUGAUGGUCCCUAUGCAAUCAAGAAACUAUGUGAUGAAAGUUUGUACAUUGCUCAAUGCAAGUGUGGUGAAGAGUGUUGCUUCCAAUGUGAUAAGGAUCCUCACUUCCCAUGCUCAUGUGAUGUGUAUAAGAGAUUCUUGACUAUUGCUCAGGAUGAUUUUGCAUCGAAAGAGUUUAUUCACAGAACAAGUCAACAAUGUAACAAGUGUAAAAGAAUUAUAUUUAAGGAUGUUGGAUGUAAUCACAUUAAUUGUGUUUGUGGACAUGAAUUUUGUUAUAUUUGUGGUUCAGAGUAUACAUCCUACGUUCAUGCUGAAACAGUUUGUGCUCCAAAGACAGUGAAAACAUCUGAAGAUAUUAAAUUAUUCUCUGCAGCAGAAGAACUUUAUGGAAGAUUCGUCUCAUUAUACAGAAGACACAAUCAAUGGUUGGAGGAACAUAAACGAACAGGUCACUAUCGACUCGAAAUUGCAAAUUAUAAGGAAAAGUUUUUCCAUAUUAGACCAACCAAGGAUCUCAAAUUCCUUCUCGACUCUUUCAGAAAUAUCUACAGAUGUAGAAGACUCUUACGUUCAUGUUAUGCAUUUGCUUACAUUCAUUUCGGAUUUGACACACUCAAAAUCAAAUUUAACACAACCAAAAAGUCAGAGAAGGAAUUUUUAAUGUUAGAGACCUAUGGUUAUUUAUUUAAUGACCAUCUAUCUCGUUUGGAAGACUAUACUUCUGAUUUAUUGUUAAAUUUAGAUGCCAUUCUGAACUUAUCACUCGAUGAACGAGACUUUAGAUCUAGAAUUACCACAAUGCAAGGUAAAUCUCACUUGAUUACAAACACUCAGAAGAACAUCAUUGACUUUAUCAAUACUAGCUUUGAUAUGAAAGAAAUUUCAUACAAGUGA